CCUGCCCUCUUUGAUGGACACGGACGCGCAGCGUUUAAACCUCCGAGUCGAAAGAUUUAAACAACGAGUUUGCCCAGACUUAUUAUAUGAUAUUCGGCUGAGCAGCCGGCAUUGCUAUAUAGACAUUAAGUGAAACAGGCCUGGAGAUUAAAGAAGAGCGAUAUUCUCGAGGAGUAAUUGCCCGAUGAAAUAAAAUUGUUGUAAACCGUUUUUCGUGUUUACGCUACGCGCCCUCCUUUUUCAAUUUAAUUAUCAAAUAAAAAUCAUAACAAUCAUAAUAAUAAUCAUAAAAGUACCCCCGGUGUGCCAACUCUAUACGCCCGUGCAAAUAAAGGUUUACUAAAGAAGAGAAAGAAAAGGAAAGGAAAGGAAAGGAAAGAAAAAAACUCACACAUACGCUCACACACGUACACGCAUGUAGAUACACAGUUUCGGCCGAGCCGCGAAUAACUCUUUAAUUAGGUCAUUGUGAGUAUCGCGGUGCAGUUUCCGACGGCAAAAGCUCGGCGAUCUCGCCUAAGCCCUAAAUCGAUGGCCAAACGUCACACGGGGACAAUCAAAAUCGGAUUUAACGGAGCUUGACGGUCGGGAAUCCAUACUGGGUUAUCGUAAUUUAUAGCAAAGGUGAAACACACUCAAUUUGCGUAUCGGGCUAAUUGUGUUUGGUACAUCGAUAAUUAUACCUUGACUGUGGAUCAAACGACCCAGCGUCGAUACUCUGCAUGCGAGAGAGCGAAAUUUAAAAAUUAUUCAGUUCAGGCACGUGUUCGAGAUUUUUAGACUUGUGGAGUGAGCUAAAUGACCGCGUGAACAGUGUGGCAAAAGGGUGAGGUUGACGGAACAGACCGAGUCGAGUGAUUGCGAACGGUAGUCAAAUAACUGCGAAUGUACGUAGACCGAGAUAUGGACAAUACCGAUCUGGUGUGAGGUGAAGACGUGCAGGAAGCAAUCGGCCGACAUGAUCAGAGAAUUGUCCCUGGGCUGCACCCUGAACAGGGUGCGGAGGGCCAGUCCUGAGGAUGGAUUCAACGUCACGGCGGUACAGAACUCGAGCUACGACACCCACGAGAUACUCUACGACGGUUACGAGGAGAGCCAGGACGCCUGCUACUCGCUCUACUUCCUCCUCGAGCUAUUCCACCUCUACUACAUUCCGCUGAUAAUCCUGAUCGGCCUCGUCGGCAACCUUCUCUCCUGCAUUGUCUUUCUGAACACCCAUCUCAAGAUGAGGAGCUCGAGUUACUACCUGGCUGCUCUAGCCUCGGCUGACUUCGGAUUCCUCGUCGCCCUGCUCCUCGUAUGGCUGAACAACACCGUCGGAUGGCAGGUCUUCAACAAGGCCGGAUGGUGCGAGACCCUCGUCUACAUCAGCGCGGUAUGCAGCUCCUUAAGCGUUUGGCUGAUCGUCGCCUUCACCGUGGAGCGAUUCAUCGCCGUUCAGUACCCUCUGCACAGGCCCUACAUGUGCACCAUAGCCAGGGCCAAGACCAUCGUCCUCGCCCUGGUCGUCCUGGCGCUGGUCAGCCACUCGUACGCCUUCGUCACGGCGGGUGUCAUCCCCACGCAGGAUGGCUCCGAGGUCUGCGAGCUCAGGAUGGAGUACCACGAGACGAUGCGCAUCAUCAGCAUCGUCGACAGCAUAGCGAGCCUCAUCGCUCCCCUGAUCCUCAUAAUCCUCAUGAACACCAUGAUCACGGUGAACCUCAUCAGGUUCAGCAGGAGGUUCAAACCGGGACCAGGAGUCUCGACGCACUUCCCCAACAGGGAAAGGUCCGACAUGAAUCUCAACCAAAUUCCGAAUGCCAGCAGUAGCAACAACGGAGCUGUCGGCCUGACUCUAGUCCCCGAAAUCGGAUGGCGAAGAAAUCCGUCACAGCAAUCUUUCCAUUCGUCGAAAAGUAUUCAUUCCCACCACUCGAAGAACCUGCCGCAAACUACAUCGGCCGCCAUCUACCCUCGAUGUACUUACGGAGGUAAUAAUACCAAAGACGGAAGCGCCUCGUCCAGAAAUCCAGCUUCCCCGAGGAAUCAGCAGAGUAUUACAAAAAUGCUCCUCCUCAUCAGCACCGUUUUUAUACUGCUUAAUUUACCCAGCUACGUGAUCCGGCUGUGCGUGUUUUUCUUCACCCUUGCCCGAAAGGAGACGCCCCUGCUGCUCUGGUGUAUCCAGCAAUUUUUCAUGCUACUCUACUACACCAACUUCAGCAUCAACUUUGCCCUAUACGCAAUGUGCGGCAUCACGUUUCGCCGAUGCCUAAAGCAGCUGAUGUGCAAGGUGCAAAAAAGCAUCACAAGGUAUCACUGCAACCCUCAACGAUACAUAUAGCUAGUCUAUAGGCGUAUUCGAACCAUCCGAAUCAGGCGUGGGGAGAAUAUUGUUGUCGCUAACGGUGGCCGGGAUUUAGUCCCUAGUAAUAUCAAUCCAUGAACUUUGUUUAAUUGUGGUAAAGAGAAAAGCGAGUGUUUUUUAGUGACGAAAAUCGCCACCGGACGAUCAUAGAUGAGCAUAUUUAAUAUCUCUCUUUCCGUUAUUUUCGUUUAUACGUCUUUGAACAAUUAAUAUUUCUACAUCUAAAAAAUCUAUAAUCUUAGAUCGUAGUUGACG